AUGGCGCAUUGUGAACGCGGGGUUUGCGAAGGAUUCGCUGUUCAUUCCAGGAAGCUUUCGAAGCUGCUUGAGCCGGGAUGCGCCCAGCACAACAGCUAUUGGAUGACGGGAGUCAUCACAAAUAAUUCCGAGGCAGGAUCCCAUUGCCUGGCAGAACGCCGUGUGGUGCUGUCCAUUUCUCUGGUGACUCGUAUUGCAUCGCGAAAGCGGGAACUAAGCUCCCAGGAGGGACAACACGAAGGGCGUCUUCCAAGGUUGAAUUGCAAGCGAGAGCUCCAGGCUGUCACUUUCGCGGCAACUUUGUGGCUUGCUGUGGCUUUGCGGGUGAAGCCCCAGGGGCUAACAGAGCUGUGA